AUGUCGGAUGAUGUCUGGAACGACGAUGUCAUUUAUGCGUUCUCCAUUCAUAGAACGUUUAUGCAAAUACUCGGUUUAUGGCCGCUGCAAAAGAAGACGAUAUUCACGAUAAUUCACUGGAGUGUAAUGAUAUUUCUACUGUUCACGCCACUCUGCUUCAUGUACUUGGAAUUCAUUGGAAGUCAUAAUGACUCCGGUAGACACAUGGAUGCCACGGUAUAUACUGUAUUGACGGGAGCUUUAAAUUUGAACUAUGUCUAUAUUGCUGGUAAACGAGACAAGUUGGCCAAAAACAUUAAUGCUGCUAUCACCGAUUGGUUAUCUGCAAAGAGUGACGAGAAAUCGUACAAGAUCAUGAAGAAACAGGCGUUUGAAUCCAGACUGUGGACUUUGAUCAUGUUAUAUUCAGCUGCCACAUGUUGUGGUCUUUAUGUACUGUCUGUCGUAUUUGCAAACUUAAUAGAUGUAUUUUUACCAGAUGAAACGGUGAACGUAUCAAAUGGCAGUGUUAGUGCAAGAGAGAGGACAUUUAUAAUACCAUAUGGUGAUUUGGUUAAUGAAAUUACCAGCUUGCAGUAUGCAAUAGUCACCGCCUUUCAUGCUUUUCAAUUAACCGUGAUAUGUACAAUGCAAUCUGUUUCGGACGCUUUUUACAUUAGCAUCACUCUACAUCUCACUGGUCAACUUAAAGUGCUUACAGAAAAAUUUAAAAUGUUCGCAAGCAAUAAAGACACUCAAGUAAAUCGGAAGCAAUUUAUUAGCUUGAUUAACAGGCACUGCGAAUUAAUGGAGUACAGUCAGAAUGUGGAAGAGACGUUCAGCAUAAAUAUAUUAUACAAAUUCGUUGGAGCAACGCUUCUACUCGCGCUACUAGGAUUACGUAUAUUAAUUUGCUUAAAAAGCGGCGAUUAUGUCGCUUCAACGAGAACUACUCUACUCAUGAAUUACGUGAUAUUGGAGUCGCUGGUAUACUGCUAUGGCGGUGAUUUUAUACAGAAAGGAAGCCAAGAUAUAUUUCAUGCAAUGUUCAUGACUUCCUGGUUUACGCUUCCCGCAACGUUUAUGAAGGACGUGAACUUCGCAAUGAUGAGGUCACGCUAUCCGUUUCGUCUCACUGGUGGAAAAUUUUUCUACGUUAAUUGCGAGGCGAUAGGGUACAUUCUGAAGACGGCAGGUUCAUACGUUUCGGUUUUGCGAGUGGCACUAAGAGAUUAA